AUGGUUGCUGCAAAAAAAAAUCUGUAUGUGCCGCCUAAAAUUACAUUUUGGAUUUGUUUCAUGCAAACUUGACAGCCAGUAGAAGGGAAACAUUUUUUCCUGCAUUCGUAACUAGAAACACCUGGGAACAAAAUUUAAUUGAUUUCCCAAAGUAGAGUCAAUAUACCUACUUUACAAGGUAGUUCAAAAGAAUGUAUUCAUUUUCUGUAUGCAUUUGUAAGCUCUACGCCAUGGGAGUUAUGAUGAAACAAAUUACCUAAAUACAUUAGAUAUGGACAAGGUUUUAUUUCAUCAAAAAAUCUCUAGAACAGUUUAUUUCUUAAAGGUUUUCAUUGGCCCUAGAAACUAUUUCAAAUACAAUAAACUAAAUUAGCCAUCCAUUUUUUAAACUUCUGGUAUGUAUUUUCUCAUAAAUGACAACAUUAAAAGAUUACAAAAAUAUUUCUGAUACUUUUAUUGCAACAUUACAUUCUUUUUUUUAGUAUAUUAAUAGUUUAAAAUGUCAGCACCAUCAGAGGAUCCCACACUACACACUGUGCAUGCAUCAAGUGAUGAGUCACGCUGUCGUUCCUCCUUGUAUUCUGGUUCAUCAUCAAUGACACCAAAAAGUACUUCCUCAUCAUUACGCAGUUCAUCAACUCUGACAAGUGGUGAGGAUGAUGCUUUUCAGAAGCCUUCUCUGCCAACAAAGCAUAGGACACAAGCACAGACAUCUUCAAGUAGUGGGUCUUAUCCGUCAGAUGGGAAAAUCAUUACUUCUAUACAACUUUUAAACAAGAAAGGAACUGAUGACGACACUAGUCAAGAAGUAUCAGCUUCCCAAGAGCUGUUUUUUUCCGAAAAGGACCGACUUAGUCCAGAAUUUGUUGUUCCAAAGAGUACCUCAACUCCAUCUGUUUCAGAUGGAAAAAAGGAGUUCAGUAUAGAAUUUAGCGGAGAAUCAGUAAAUUCUCAGCCUUCUUACUUAUAUGCGCACUCCAAACCUGAUUUAGUUUCUUCACCAACUGCAGUUGGUAAAUUUAUCUUGACAUCAUCUAGUAGUGACGAAGAAAAACGGAAAAUAGCCAAUAAUCAAGAAAAAGAAGAAGAACCUUCACUUAAUAUUCCUGAGUGGGUGCAGAAAGAAUUACAUCAAAGUGAGUCUCAAUCCAUAUAUGAAGAAGGAACAGCCAGUUGUGAAGAAAUGCAGCAAUCUAGUGGUCAAUUUGAUAGACAUGAAACUGUGCUAGAUAAUUUAAGUGGUAACGACAGCAUAUUAAAUGAAAAAAACCUUUCAUCAGAUAGUAUUAAUAAACCUGAAAGAAUUAGGAAUAAUUCACAACAGAUAAAAGUGGCCGAAGUGGAUAUUUUUAACCCUCAAAAAUGUGAAGCAGUUUUAGCAUAUGCUACUGAAAAGGAACACUUUGUGGAUAGUCAAGUUGUCUCUCAACAAGAUUGGAAUUUGGAGUUGUCACAAGAUUUCUCUCAGGUUAAAAGAAACAGACUGGCAAAGCCAAUAAUACCACUAUCAAAAGAAAGAGAAUGGAGUGCUUCGUUGAAACGGAAGUAUGCUGACCAACCAAACAUAAUACAGUAUGAUGCAGAGAAUACGAAAAGGCAAAAGAUUAAACAACAAAUUCAAAAGAUUUUAAAUGAACCUGGUGUUACCAAGUCGUGUUUGUUGGAGGUAAUCGAAGAAACAACAAAUGAUAUAUGCACCGUAAAUUCUGCUAUUGAUCCAUAUACAAAAGAUUCAAAGGAUGAAGUUAAAGGUGUUACCGUAAAGUGCACUGUCGGUGAUCAAUUAACUGACGCAGUUUAUGAAUGCACCAAGAAAAAGAAAAAAUGCGAAGCAGAGGAGAUCACUACGAAUUUGCCAGAAUUGAAAGAAGCAGUUAAAGUCUUUGCACUAUGGGAGGGUUGCUAUUACUCUGGUACUCUCAAGAAAAUUUCUUCUAAUUCGAGUGUUACUGUUUUAUUUGACGAUGGGAAGUCUGCUACUAUGCCACAAAAAGAGAUUUUUACAAAUGAAAUAUUUCCACAUGGUCAAGCUGUUCGUGUGAAAUCUGAUGACAGUUUUUACGAUGAAGCAACUGUAGUUUGUUCCUCAAGGCGGACAGAUCAUAUUUACUACACUGUCCAAUUAGAUAAUGGAGAAUACCGUCUCGUAGAUAGAUCAUGUCUUUGCUUCACUGCCCAACAGCGUAAGGCCUUGCAUGGUGCACCUGCAACAUCAUUUAAGGCCAUGUGUCCAAAAUCAAGAAGAAGGAGAACUGAGCCUGCCUUACAAUUGAGUAGCCUGGGUGAAAGUUCAGAACAGCUAUUUCAUGGAAUUACAUUUUUAAUAACAUCAGAAAGUAAAACUAUGGUAGAGCAUAACAGUCCAGGCUUGUAUGAUUCGGAAGAUGAAGCAGAUACUGCCUACCUGAAUGUUGAUGGACUAAGAAGAACACUAAUAGAGCAUGGAGGAGUUUGUAUGGACAAGAUCCACGUGAGAGAUAUAAAUAAAUGCAAGAAGUUUUUAUGCAUAACAAACAGAGUUUGUAGAACCUACAAGUUUCUUUACUGUGUGGUUGUUGGCAUACCAAUAUUGGAUGUAGCGUGGGUUAAAGACAGCAUAGCGGCUAAAUACCUAAAACCUUAUAGUCGGUAUGAUGUUCCUGCUGGCAGGAAUCUGGACACUAAUAUUAUAAACCAAAAUUACAACGCCCCAGGUGAACCUCGUAGACAACCAUACACUCCAUUAAUCUUACUAAGGGUAUUUGUGCAUCAGUUACAUAAACAGAGGGCAUAUAACCGUGAUCUCGAUCUGAUACUAGAUAGGCUAGGCUGUGAGCGUGUGGCUAGCCCCCAUUGCAUCACCAAAUCAACAAAAAGUCUACCAUUUCAAAUGAACUCAGUUGACUGUAUCUUGACACUGACUGAUAAAGUGCCAGAUAUCAUAUUGAAUGAAGCACAAGCUGCAAACAAGCCUGUCGUCACGGUAGAGUGGUUGUUUCAAUGUAUUAUCAAUAACGCUUUGAUGGUUGUAUCAGAAUCACCAGUCUUCUUAUACAAACCAAAGUGCACGAAAAAAUAACUUAGAUAUUUGGGAAGGUUAGCUUUAGAUAUUUAUAAUUUUUUAAUUCUCAGCUGUAUUUUUUAAACUACCGUUUUUACUUGCUUGUUCAAUAAAAUUACCUGUGUCCGUC